CCCACAGAUCUUCUAAGGAUGAAGACUAGCAGCGUGGACACUGGCCCAGCCCCGGGUCACUAAGGGGCUCUGGCAGCCAGGCGCGGAGAUGGGGGUGCCCGAACGUCCCACCCUGCCGCUUUUGCUGUCUUUGCUCUUGCUUCCUCUGGGCCUCCCAGUCCUCUGCGCUCCCCCACGCCUCAUCUGCGACAGCCGAGUUCUGGAGAGGUACAUCUUGGAGGCCAAGGAGGCAGAGAACGUCACGAUGGGCUGUGCAGAAGGUCCCAGACUGAGUGAGAAUAUUACAGUCCCAGAUACCAAAGUCAACUUCUAUGCUUGGAAAAGAAAGGCGGUGGAAGAACAGGCUGUAGAAGUUUGGCAUGGCCUGUCCCUGCUCUCCGAGGCCAUCCUGAGGGGCCAGGCCCUGCUAGGCAACUCCUCCCAACCAUCAGAGAUGCUUCAGCUGCAUAUAGACAAAGCCAUCAGUGGCCUGCGCAGCCUCACCUCCCUGCUCCGGGUGCUGGGAGCCCAGAAGGAAUCGAUAUUACCUCCAGAUGCUACCCCACCUGCUCCACUCCGAACACUCUCGGUGGAUACUUUCUGCAAACUCUUCCGGGUCUACUCCAACUUUCUCCGGGGCAAACUGAAGUUGUACACAGGGGAGGCCUGCAGGAGAGGGGCCAGGUGAGCUGCCACCACCACUGCGAUGUAGCCACCAACUUUGCUCACCAUCACUGCCCGUGUCACGCCGACCCUCCACCACUCCCAACCCUCAUCAAAAGGGUUGUGACCUCCUCACCAGCUUGUUCUAUGGACACUCCAGCACCAGAAGUGAUCUCUUGGGGAGCCAGAAGAACUUUCCAGAGCUCUGUUCUGAAAUCUAAAGAUGUUACUGGGCCAGCCUGAGGCCCCAGAGCAGGAGAGACUCGGAGAACAAUCUUGGAUUUGUUUUGUUAUUGUUGAGACAGGAAGGUCUCACAUAGCCCAGGCUGGCCUGGAACUUAGUAUGUAGCUAAGGAUGACUUUGGACUCCUUAUCUUCCUGCUUCCAUUUCCUGAGUGCUGAGAUUGAAAGCACACACCACCCCACCCCAUUUAUGGGGUGCUGGAGAUGGGAGCUGUGGCUCCGUGCAUGCUAAGCAAACACUGUACCAACUGACCUAUAUCCGAAGCACCCAGAGACAAGCUUAGAACUCAGGGACAGAGACAUCGAAACACAAAACGUUGGGGCUUAAUCUUUGUGGCAACUACGAAGAAUACAGGGACUGGAGAAUUUAGGGGACAAGGCAUGAAUUUUCCAGGUCUCAUGGGUUCUCUCUCCCCUGGCCCCAUGUCCCACUGGACAGUAGAGGGAGUGGAACCAUGAAGACAGAAUGGUAACUGACUCUUAGCUUUCAAGGGAGGGAAGGGGUUUUGAAAUUUUGUGUCUUUUAAAAUACCACUGGCAACAGCUGAAAUCACCAACAUGA